UGCUGGGAAAUGUAGUCCAGGAGCUCCGCGUAGUCGGAGGUAUUUCCGCUUCAGGAGGUUGCGAUUGCGGCCUUCGGCUCUCUCUGGGAGGCUACAGGGUCCUCUGAUUCAUGGAUCUGGUCAUAUUCUUCUCGGAGUGCCCAGCACGGGGUCGGCAGAGAGGAGUUGUUCAAGGUAGCGGAAAGAUCUCCCUGUAAAGCACUUCUUACUGAGCAGAAGUCACUGGACAAAUAUAGAGUCAGAACAAGAAGCAGUAGAGAGACAAGACCUAGAAGACUGGCUUCUUUGUGAGAGCUGGAUUCAGGUUCCGCCCCUGCCCCUUGACCUCACCAAGCCUCAGCUUCCUCAUCUGUUACGUGAGAACAACAGCCAUCAUCGUCAUCAUUUAUUGAGAACUUGGUAAAAUGCCAGUUGAGGAGAGGCACAGAGGUGGAGGUGAUCAGACUGGAGUCACACGGCUAGUACACCCCUAGCUUCUUCACAGGUAUGUGGGAGGUACCUUAGUGGAACAAUGCGUGCCAAGUGCUUCUCAAGGUCCCUAACACAUACUUAGUGCUUAUGUAAUGUUAAACAUUGCUGUUUUUGUUGUUUUCAUCAUUACUAUGAUUAGCUUGUUCAUUUAAGUGGCAUGUUGACUAACUGACUGUUAAAUCACAGGAUUCUAUUCAUUUUUCUUCAUCUCCAUGAUGAUAGUGUUUUUAAGGCCCUACUGUUAACAAAGUCAAAUUGUCAAGGUCUGGGGCUACCCUGGUGGCGCAGUGGUUGAGAGUCCGCCUGCCAAUGCAGGGGACACAGGUUCGUGCCCCGGUCCAGGAAGAUCCCAUCCGUGGCUGGGCCCGUGAGCCAUGGCCGCUGAGCCUGCGCAUACGGAGCCUGUGCUCCGCAACGGGAGAGGCCACAACAGUGAGAGGCCCGCGUACCGCAAAAAAAAAAAAAAAUUGUCAAGGUCUUACAUCUUUGAAAAAGCUGUCAUCCACAAUAUCAGAUUCAUAGAGAAAGUAGAAUAGUGGUUACUCGGGACCGAGAGGAAGGGGAAUGGAGAGUUAGUGUUUAAUAGGUACAGAGUUUCAGUUUGGGAUGGUGAAAAAGUUGUGGAGAUGGUUAGUGGUGAUGAUUCACAACAAUAUGAACGCACCUAACGAGCUCUACACCUAAAAAAUGGUUGAAAUGGAAAAUUUUAUGUGAUGUGUAUUUUACACAGGAAAAAAAAAUCAAUGUAAUCUUAAAUAUUACUGCAAAGGCAUCAAAUUGAAUAUGACAAACCAAGAGAGAAUAACAGAUAUUGCAGAGGUUAAAGGUGAUUUUCAUACAACAAAGCAACAGCCUUUUAAGGCUCCAUUAAAGCUAUUGGUGAGGACAAGUUUUAUGUUACUGAAUAUUACCUGCUUUCUGCUGCUACUGAGAAAUAAGUUGCCCUGAAAGUGUUCUUUGAACUUUCUACCUACUUAUUUAAUUCUUACAACAAUCCUAUGAGAUAGCUGUUGUUAAUCCCUCUAUUUUUACAGAUGGGAGAAUUGAAGCACAGAGAUAAUAAUAAUUUGUCUAAGAUUUCACAGCUAAUAUGUCACAGUUUCAUGAACCUAGACAUUUGGCCCCAGAAAUUACUCUCUUAACCUGGGUACUUUACUCUCAAUUUCCGCCCUCCCCAGAAUCAGAAUCAUACCCUGAGAGCUACACGAACUUGUAUGAGGGCCUGUGUGUGGUUGGGUGGCUCGUUCACUGCCCAGGGGCUCUUGGCUGAAGGGGUGAGUAGCAUCUGGAAUCCAGCCCAGGCUUUGCUCAUCAGGCCACCCUGAGGAAGCGGCACUGUUGCUGCUUCACAGUAAGCAGCCAUAUGGGUCAGUGACACCCUUGGCCAGACUCUGAUGGCUUUUUUCUCCUUCCCCCAUUGUGCCUGCCCAAGACUCAGCGCUUCCCCAGAAGGAGGAGGACAAAAUGACCAAGCUCAAGGAGGUGGUGACCUUCAAGGACGUGGCCGUGGUCUUCACGGAGGAGGAGCUGGGGCUGCUGGACUCUGCCCAGAAGAAGCUGUACCAGGAAGUGAUGCUGGAGAACUUCCAGAACCUGGUCUCAGUGGGUGAGGAAGGGCACUCUGGGACAGAACAUCGCAUCAGCCCCUGUGGGCAUCAAUCAUUCACACCAGAUGUAAUAUCCCAGUCAAAGAGAGAAGAAAAGCUUUGGAUGAUAAAGAUAGCAACCCAGAGCCGUCGCUCCUUGGGAGACAAGAAUCUAAAUGGCAUGGAGACUCUUCAGAAAGUUGGAUUAAGGUAUCUGCCACAUGAAGAGCUUUUCUGCUCACAAAUAUGGCAACAGGUUACAAAGGAAUUAACCAGGUGUCAAGAUUCCAUGGGAAAUAUUCAAGGAACUGGCUCUCAGAUGGAAAAACAAGGUGGCACACUCAGUAAAGAUGAGGAGUUUGGUAAAGACUUCAAUCAGACUUCACAUCUUCAAGUUCACCGCAGAGACCACACUGGAGAAAAACCCUACAAAGGGGUAGAGUGUGAGAAAGGUUUCAUACGGGACUCUCACCUUCAAAUGAACCAGACAGCCCACGUAGGAGAGAAGCCCUACAAGUGUGAAAAAUGUGAAAACGCCUUCCGUCGGCUUUCAAGUCUUCAAGCCCAUCAGAGAGUCCACAGUAGAACAAGACUGAACAAAUAUGAUAUGUCAUGUAAGAGUUUCAGUCAGAGGUCAUAUCUUCGUCAUCAUCAGAGGGUCCCCACUGGAGAGGAUCCACACAGAUUUGAGGAGUGUGGGAGGAAUGUCGGGAAAAGCUCACAUUGUCAAGCUCCUCCCAUAGCCCACACAUUGGAGAAACCCUAUAAAUGUGAGGAGUGUGGACUGGGCUUCAGUCAGCGCUCCUAUCUUCACAUCCAUCAGAGAGCCCACACAGGAAAGAAACCUUAUAAAUGUGAAGAGUGUGGGAAGGGCUUCAGUUGGCGUUCACGCCUACAGGCUCAUCAGCGAAUCCACACUGGGGAGAAACCCUACAAAUGUGAGGCAUGUGGCAAGGGCUUUAGUUACAGCUCACACCUGAACAUCCACUGUAGAAUCCACACAGGCGAGAAACCCUUUAAGUGUGAGGAGUGUGGGAAAGGCUUCAGUGUGGGUUCCCAUCUCCAAGCCCAUCAGAUAAGUCACACGGGAGAGAAACCAUACAAAUGUGAGGAGUGUGGCAAGGGCUUCUGUCGGGCCUCAAAUCUUCUGGACCAUCAGAGAGGCCAUAGUGGUGAGAAACCAUAUCAGUGCGAUGCAUGUGGAAAGGGCUUUAGUCGUAGCUCAGAUUUUAACAUUCAUUUUAGAGUCCAUACAGGAGAAAAACCCUAUAAGUGCGAGGAGUGUGGGAAAGGUUUCAGUCAGGCCUCAAAUCUUCUGGCCCAUCAAAGAGGCCACACUGGAGAAAAACCAUACAAAUGUGGUACAUGUGGGAAGGGCUUCAGCCGGAGUUCAGAUCUUAAUGUUCAUUGUCGAAUCCACACGGGAGAGAAACCCUAUAAAUGUGAGAAGUGUGGGAAGGCCUUCAGUCAGUUCUCAAGCCUUCAAGUGCAUCAAAGAGUCCAUACCGGAGAGAAACCAUACCAGUGUGCAGAGUGUGGUAAAGGCUUCAGUGUGGGCUCACAGCUUCAGGCCCAUCAGAGGUGUCACACUGGAGAGAAACCGUACCAGUGUGAGGAGUGUGGGAAGGGCUUCUGUCGGGCCUCAAAUUUUCUGGCUCACCGUGGAGUCCACACAGGAGAGAAACCAUACCGAUGCGAUGUGUGCAGUAAGCGCUUCAGACAGAGAUCAUACCUUCAAGCCCACCAGAGGGUCCACACUGGAGAGAAACCAUAUAAGUGUGAGGAAUGUGGUAAGGUCUUCAGUUGGAGCUCAUACCUUCAAGCCCAUCAGAGAGUCCACACUGGGGAAAAACCAUACAAAUGUGAGGAGUGUGGGAAAGGCUUCAGUUGGAGCUCAAGUCUUAUAAUUCAUCAGCGAGUCCAUGCUGGGGAUGAGGGUGACAAGGACUGUCCCUCAUCAGAGAAUACGUACAGCAAAGAAGCUCUAUAAAAUUACAUGGUUUAAUACCUCAAAUGGGUGCUGAAAUAGUCCUGCCGUAGAAGACAAAACAUCUGUUUGAUAAAAGAGUAUUUCUGCCAGAGCUCGACAUGUCUGUGUGGUUGGGCGACCACACGGCAGAGAAGCCUCAUAAGAGUGGAGACAUAAGCACUUCAUUCAGAGCCUUGACAUUUAGCAGAUAUGACAGAGAAGAGAGGCUUAAGAAGGAUGAGCCUGAGCUGAAGGUAACCAAAAGUACUAAGACGGAAAUGCCCAAAUCUCUUCCACCAGAAUAGAAGCUCUCGGAGGGCUGGGACUUUGUUGACGGCCAAGUCCACUCUGCCUCUUCAGCGCCGAACACACUGCAGGUCUCCAGUAAUGUUAAAUGAAUAAAAGGGAGAACAGUCACUUUUGAAAUUUUCUUUCAGUUCCUCUCUAAAAAUUUCUAUUAAAUUGUAGAAGGAGGAAUUCUCCAAGGCUUGGAGGGUUAAAUAAGACACUUGGGUUCAUUUCCCCAACCCUGCAGGUCCUGUGAACUAGUGCUUAUCAAGCUCAAGGUUGUAACCCAGUAGUGGGUCCAGAAGUCAGUUCACCAGGUUGUGGCCAGCACUUUUCUAUGCUAACAGUUCUUUAUGGAGAUGUGAUUCGCAUGCAGCCACAUGCAUAAAUAAGUUUACAGCUUCAUGAAUUUUGACAAAUGUAUCUACUUGUGUAAUCAUCACCAAGAUCAAUAUAUACCAUAUUUCUAUUAAACCAGAAUGUUUCCUUGUCAUUCCCACCUCCAGGGGCAACAAGUAUUAUGAUUUCUAUACCAUGUAUUAAUUAGGCCUGUCUGUUCUUGAGCUUCCUGUGUGUUUGGUAUGUACUCUUUAUGUCUGGAUUCUUUUCAUCAAAUAUAUGAUCAUCCUAGGUUCACAGAAGGCAAUUGACAGAACUCAGUAUCCAUGAUAAAAAUUCUUCAGUGAGAUAAGAGGCAUCUAUGAAGAUCCUAUAUGCUCAUGUUCUUCUUUUAUUAUUAAGGAAUAAUUUAUAUACAGUAAAAUCGACUGGUGGAUCA